AUGCCGCCGAAACAACAGAAAAGCAAAAAAGAGCCGGAAAGUGUGCAGAAAUUGUUGGAAGCAUUGCAAUUGGCGCAGGUUUGUGAGAAUGGGAUCAUCUCAUGAGAUUUUGAGCUAAAAAAUAUGCAUUUUUGAGCAAAAAUGAGCCCAGGAGCUUGGAAAUUUGUUAUAUUUGAUCCUGGAAUUAUUGGGUUUUGAAUAAAGAUAUCUUAUUUAAUCUGUGAAUCACUUUAUUAGAUUUCAAACAAAAAAUGCGCCUGGAAUUUCAAAAUUUGUAGUCAUUUUUGCCCAAAAACUAUUGAAUUUGAAAUUUUCUCCUGAACUUCCCCUAAAAAUCAAUUAUUUUCCAGUCAAAAACUUCAUCUUCCACUUCCUCCGAUCAACCAAGUUCGUCUAACUCACAAUCAGCUUCAGCUUCUGCCUCAAAUCCGGAAUUCAAAAAGAAACCGAAUCCCAAUAAAAAAUAUCCACAAAAUAUUGCACCACAAAAUCAACCAAAAACUGGAGGAAUUUACAAGAAAAGUGUGGCGGCCAGAAUGCAGGAAAAUGUGGAAAAAACUAGUGGAAAUAGCACAUCAAAAAGGCAAAGAACAACAUCGAAGGUAAGGAUUUUUGAGGGGAAAUUUGACUAGAAAACUGAAAUUUUGACUGGAAAAAUAUUUACUGUUUCAAAAAAUAUUAAAAUUUUUAUGUGGAUUUUUCAAAACAUUGAAAGAUUGGACUGAGAUUCUUUUAAAAAUUCAGGAUUUUUUUAAAGAAUCUAAUUUUCAAAUAGAACAUUUAUCUGAAAAUCCGAAAAUUAAUUUUUUCAAUUUUUCUUCACAAAAAAAUUGAAAAAAUUCACUGUUUCAAAAAGUCUUUAAUUUUUUUGUGGUUUUUUCAAAACAUUCAACAUCUACUUCUCAUUCUAAAAAAAUCUUCUGGAAUUUUUUUUAAAAAGAAUCUAAUUUUCAAAUUGAACUUUAUCUGAUAAUCCGAAAAAAAAACAAUUUUUUUCUUUUAAAAAAAUUUGAAAAAAUUCACUGUUUCAAAAAAUCCUUUAAUUUUGUAUGUGAAUUUUUCCAAACAUCAAAAUAUUGUACCUACCAUUAUCUUUUAAAACUUCUGGAUAUUUUUUUUGAAGAACCUAAUUUUCAAAUUGAACAUUUAUCUAGAAAUCUGAAAAAAAAAGAAUUUUUUUCUUUAAAAAAAUUUGAAAAAAUUCACUGUUUCAAAAAUGUUUUGAAUUUUUAAAUUUUGAAACAUUUUGAUAAAUGAGCUAGUAAAUCUGAAAAUUGAUAAAAAAUAAGAAAUUUCGACUGAAAAUGAGCUUUAAAAAUCUGAAAAACCAUUCCAAAAUUUCCAGAACACACCAAUCGCCGUCUCCAAUUCUCAAACGCCUCAAACACCCCAACAUCCAAAUCCCAACCCAAAUCAAUACAAAGGUCCUCGAAUUCCGCAAGACAUUCUCGACGAAAUCGAAUUCCGCUUCAUCUCAAACAUGCCGCAAGCGGAAAAACACAACAAAAUCCGCAUAAGUUUCCAAAUCGAAUUGGCUCAUUGGUUCUACAUUGAUCAUAUCUACGAUUCCACUGAUCGCAAAGAUGUUCCGAAUAUCGGAAUCCGCGACUUCUUCCGCGCCCUCUUUUUGCAUUGCCAAGAGCUCCGGAAAUACGCGCGGAAUGUGGAAGAGAUCAUUGCGGAAUGGCGCGAAUAUAAAUCAACUGUGCCAACUUAUGGUGCAAUUAUGUUGGAUGAAUCAAUGCAAAAUGUAUUGCUAGUGCAAAGUUAUUUUGCCAAGGGAAAUUCUUGGGGAUUCCCAAAAGGAAAAGUGAAUCAAAAUGAGGAUCCAAGGGAUUGUGCAAUUCGAGAGACUUUAGAAGAAACUGGAUUUGAUUUUGGCACAAUUUCCAACACGGAAAAGAAAGUGCAAAAAUUCAUCAAUGACACGAUGGUUCGAUUAUAUAUUGUGAAAAAUACACCGAAAGAUUACGCGUUUGGUCCGCUUACGCGGAAAGAGAUCCGGAAAAUUGAGUGGUUUAAAAUAGCGGAUCUUCCCACUGAUAAAGGAGAUAUUGUUCCGCAUUUGAAAGGAUAUAAUUUCUUCAUGGUUAUUCCGUUUGUGAAUGAUAUUCGAAAAUAUGUGGAAAAAGAGUUGGCGAAGGCGAAAAAGGCGGUGAAGAAUGCGGAAGUUCCCAAGAUCUUCUCGCAACUUUUUCCAACUUCCACAACUCCGGCAAAGAAAGCGAUUCCGGGGAGCGCGGAAGCGGAAAAUUCUGUGGAUGAUGUGCUGAAGACGCCUGUUUUGAAAAGGUGGGUUUUUUUGGGGAAUUUUUGGCUGAAAAAUCGAUGAUUUUAGGCUGAAAUUCUGAAUUUUUUGUUGAAAAGUCGAGAAAUUUAAUGAAAAAGUUGCAGAUUAACCAGCGAGGAACUAUUCCAAUCGUUCCGCAAACCCCUUCCGGAACCAUCGGCUUCCGGAAUCUCCCGUCCAACUCUUCCCGAUAUUUCGCCCGAAGUUGAUGGCGUCGAUUCGCUGGCCACUUUGGGACAAUGUACACCAUUAAAACCGCCCGAAAAUCCCACACAAUUUCCGUCAACUCAAGGAGCUCCGUCGGAAAAUUGCCCGAUUAUUCAUGAAGAAGUGGAUCAGCGACUUGGAUUCAAAAGAGAAUUGUUUCAGAAUUUCUUUAAAGUUGAUGGACCGGAAGGAUUGAAGGAUUUGAUUGGUGAGUUGGGUUUUUGGGUGAAAAAAUGAAGAAAAUUAUGGAUUUUGAGCCAAAAAUGAGCAUUUUUAAUGAAUUUCGAGCAAAAUUACUAACAUGAGCAAUGCCUGAGAAAUUAUAGUAAUUUAUGAGCAAAAACGUGCCCACUGAAAUUUUCAAAAAAAAAAAUUAACAUGAGAAAUCUGGUGAUCCCAAAUUUCCACGUCAUAACCUUCCACUUUUCCAGGAGCCGCAACAUCUUGGCUAGAUAAGGUUGACUGUGUCAACACUGUCAUGCACCCACCGCUCCCUAGUUUGACACCCAAAAAUCCUGCUGCCACGUCAUCAUCGCCACCACAAACCCCGCCAUCCACGUCAUCAAAUCGAUCACUCAAACAUCUGAUCGGCAAACCAAUUCAACCGCAAGCCAUCUUUCCGCCUGCGGCUUCCGCUUCCGAAAUGGGAAGCGCGGAACAACCGAAACGAAGUUCGCGAAUUAGCCUAAGUGAUAAUUCGGCGUUCACUGCGAUUCCGAAGCAAGGAAGUUCGAAUGCGAGAAUUACGGCACCGCCGCCCAAUUUUGAUCAUCAGAUUUUCAAUUUGGUCACAUCUCCCGUUUCGAGUGGAUUGAGAAGUGCUCAAGGUGAGAGUUUUGGGGGAAAAUCCGGGUUUCGGACCAAAAAUUUCGAAAUUUAUGUGAAAAAUUGAUCUAGGAGAAAUUUACUGAAAACUUUACUGUUUCAAAAUUUUCAGAAAUUAUUUCCGAAUUUUUGAAAUUUUGAUUAGAUUUUCCUAUCUGAAAAAAUAUUCACAAAUUAUAGCAACUGUAAAAAGUCUUACGAUAGAAAUCUGUUUUUUUUUCAAAAACCCUGGGAAAAGUACGUUUCAAAAUUUCUCUUUAAAUUUUUUCCAAAUUUUUUUUUCAAUGAUGGUAAAUAUCUUGACCGUAUUCUAAAAAAUUUCCAUAAAAAAUUUCCCGAAAAAAAUACGUUCCAAAGUAUUCAGAAAUAAAUUUUCGAAUUUUAAAAAUUUCGAUAUAUCAGUAGAGAUUCAAUCCCUGAAAAAAAGUGUUUUUAAAAGCUUUGAGGCCAGAAAUCUACUUGGCAAAAGAAUGACGUCAAAAUCUGAACAAAAAUAAUUUUUAAAAAUUUCACUGUUUCAAAAAAUUUAUGUUUUUUCUUGUCAUUGUUAUUUGUAUUAUGUGUGUUUAAUUUUUGCGCCAGAAAUCCACGUGGAAAAAGCACACUAAUUUUAGCCUCAUUUUUACUGUUUUGUUUUUCAGGUGCCAGCGUUAUACGCCGCGACCCCUCUAGCUUAGCUAGAGGAGGUCGGGCAUAUACUUUAUGCUUUUUCCUAAAGUUUAGUUAGAUAUAACCUCGAGUUCUUGAUUAAGCAUAGUUUAUUAUAGAUAAGGAUAAAGAUAAUUACAGUAAUUAGAUAUAAAGAUACAAGAUUCUACUAAUGAAACUUAAUUAGAAAAGGGACCUAUGGUCCCCUUCACCUAGCCAUCUCCUCAACCCAACUCUCCUCCUCUUCUUCUCCAUCACCAACGCGCGAGGGGGCGUGGCCUGAUGGUGACCGUAACAUCCCCCCUUCCUAUGAGUCGAGCGCCCUCGCUCGAAAUAACUUGCUUCGACCACUGUUGCUUGAUUGAAUGUUGUUGAUUGAUUGAGCAUUGUUGAUGAAUUCGCUCCUUUAUAGUGAUGUCGAUUCCUUGAUGUUCCAAAAAAAAAAAUUGUGCCAGAUAUUUUCAAUGUUGGCAUGUCCAUGAUGAGUUCCGGAAAAGAAAUGUGUCCGCUUGUUUGAAUUAGUGGUGUUGUUGUGUGCAUCAUAAAUGUUGUGCAUCUUUUCGAGGGCUGUUUUGCUGUCCCAUUGAGAGGAAUGGUUCCAGCGUGCGUUGGGUGUUUUCUCUUUUCUUUUCGGGCAGUUGGUUCAAAAAUCUGAUUCGGCGAAGAGUUCCAUAGGAGUCCUUGAUACUGAAAAAUAAAGUAAGGAAUAAAUAAAUAAUUGGGUGGGUUUUCCUAACCUACUACUACAGCAGAUUCAGACUCAAAAAAUUUAAUAUUAAAACGUAAAACUUAGAAAAAAAAUUGAAAGAAAAUUUUGAUUUAACUUAGAAAUUAGGAUAAUUGAAAUUUGGAAUUGAGUUAAUUAUAUUUGAAAGUUAUUGUUGGAAUAUUACUAGCUUAAUUAAUUGAGUAUAAUGAUUUUCGAGAAUAAUUUUUAAAAGAAUUUGACUGAAAUAAAAAAGGUGAAUGAACAAAAAAAAAUCCAUCAUUCCAUAUGUUUGACACGUAGUCUUUGUGAUCUUCUGGGUUGUGUUAUGUUGGGCUGCUUCUCCACUAUCUCUUGAUCAACAUCUUCCACCAUGUGCUCCUCUUCCGAUUCUUCCGACUCAUUUCUUGCAAGCCAUGUGUGGACUGAUCUUGGUGAUAGCAUGUGGCGUUGAGUUGAUUGCGAAGAUUAUGAAAGGCAACUUUUCAUCCCAAUCGGAUUGA